AUGGCGGCGGUGCUGGAAGUGGAGGUUGGAGGCCCCGUCGAGCGCGAUGUGGAGGAGGUCGAUCUUUCACACUUGUCCCCGGAGGAGAGAUGGAGGGUGGAGCAUGCACGGAUGCAUGCCAAGCACCGCGGUCACGAGGCUAUGCAUGCCGAAAUGGUCCUCAUCCUUAUCGCCACGCUAGUGGUGGCACAGCUCCUCUUGGUUCAGUGGAAACAGAGGCACCCUCGCUCCUACAACAUGGUGACCCUCUUCCAGAUGUGGGUAGUGCCUCUGUAUUUCACGAUCAAGCUGUACUGGUGGCGGUUCCUGGUAAUCUGGGUGCUCUUCUCAGCGGUCACAGCUUUUGUCACCUUCAGGGCAACUCGAAAACCUCUGGUACAGACAACGCCCAGGCUGGUUUAUAAAUGGUUUCUACUAAUAUACAAGAUCAGCUAUGCCACUGGAAUCGUAGGGUACAUGGCUGUGAUGUUUACACUUUUUGGUCUUAACUUAUUAUUCAGAAUCAAACCGGAAGAUGCGAUGGACUUUGGCAUCUCCCUCCUCUUCUACGGUCUUUACUACGGGGUGCUGGAGCGGGACUUUGCUGAGAUGUGUGCGGAUUACAUGGCCUCGACGAUCGGGUUCUACAGCGCCUCGGGGAUGCCCACCAAGCACCUCUCCGACAGCGUCUGCGCCGUCUGUGGCCAGCAGAUCUUCGUGGAUGUCAACGAGGAGGGGAUCAUCGAGAACACCUACCGCCUCUCCUGCAACCACGUGUUUCACGAGUUCUGCAUCCGUGGCUGGUGCAUCGUCGGGAAGAAGCAGACGUGUCCAUACUGCAAAGAGAAGGUGGAUCUCAAGAGGAUGUUCAGUAACCCCUGGGAGAGGCCUCACGUCAUGUACGGGCAGCUGCUGGACUGGCUGCGCUACCUGGUGGCCUGGCAGCCGGUGAUCAUCGGACUGGUCCAGGGCAUCAACUACGUCCUGGGGUUGGAGUAAGGGCAGGCGGUGGGGAGCCGUGGAGCCACGAGAGGACGCGUGCCCAGGGCAGGGGACAGCAGCCGGCCGGGGACACUGGCUUUUCUCCGUCACCUCUCAGGACCUCGGCCGCCCCCGGGGACCGUGGCGUCAGGGGCCGAGGGAGGACCGCUGCCCUGGGGCCCCUCCCGCAGGGCUGGGAGAGUCUUUUUUUUUUUU